AUGUCUUGCAUUUGGAUUACCCAAAAACUAUGCUAUGUACAACAAAAGGGGAUGCUAUUUUACAUGGCGUCCGCCUUAUUCGCUUCAUUACAACUAGUCCUUGUCACCCAUCUGACAAGGCGUCUCGCAUGCCAACAAGACGCAACAAGGAAAAAGAAAAAACAAAAACAAAAAUACAGACGCAGACGCAUAUACCCCAUUGCACCUUGUUUCUCCCACCGGACAAUUAGGGAAAAAGAAAAUGCGAUGCAGACUUGUAUAGGCCGUGGUUGGUGUGAACUAGCAAAACAAAGCAAAGAAAGGAAACCUCACCAAUUGAUGGAGAACCCCCAAGAAAUCAACGCCAUAGCUAUGCCAACUUUGUGGAUCUCAGGAGUAAAACGACUUAAUGGAAGGAGCACGGGAAUGCAGGCGGCUAGGAAAACGGAGGGGGUGCGAAUACGUGGGAAGCCGUUGCUUGGAUGA